GACUUGAGUUCACCGGUACUAUUUAUGUACCGUACAUAAAGUAAAGUUUAACGAAAAGAAAAGCACGGGAGACGGGACGGGACCGCUGGGCGCGCCGGGCCGCGCCGAGCCGAGCGAGUCGUCCACUCUCCACUCCGCCCGCCACGCCCACGCCCCGUCCUCGCUUCCGUCUCCCACAAUCCAAGGACACCGAGCAGCAGGCGGCGGAAGCAACCCGCUGUGGGGGCGGCGUGGAGUCCAGUUUUGCUCGGCUCGUCGCUGGGAUCCGCCGGCCGGCGAAGCGGGGAAGGGAAGAGGAGCGGAGAUUGGAGAGUACAAGCAGGGGAAGAUGUCAGACGCGCUGAUCAACGGCCUCGCCGGCGCCGGCGGCGGGAUCAUCGCCCAGCUCCUUACCUACCCGCUCCAGACCGUGAACGCGCGGCAACAGACGGAGCGCGACCCCUCCAAGCCGGCGUUCAAGGACGGCGCCGCUCGCCAGUUGUAUCUGGUUGUGAAGAACGAGGGGUGGGAGCGCCUGUAUGGCGGGCUUAUGCCCUCUCUCGUCGGCACCGCUGCCUCCCAGGGUGUCUACUACUACUUCUACCAAAUAUUCCGGAACAGGGCCGAGGCAAGGGCCCUUGAGCGAUCCAGGAGAGGGCUUGGCGAUGGGUCUGUCGGCAUGCUCCAGUCUCUCACUGUCGCUGCCCUGUCUGGCUGUGUCAAUGUACUGCUCACAAACCCGAUUUGGGUUGUUGUUACACGAAUGCAAACUCACAGAAAGGCAAACAAACAGCAAAGACCUCAGGGUUUGAAUUGUGCUCUUGAUAAGCCCCUUGAAGCUGCUACAGCUGAAAACGCUCCAUACAAAACGAUUGAUGUUUUUCAGGAACUCUACAAAGAAUCUGGAGUUCUUGGCUUCUGGAAAGGGGUAAUUCCGGCUCUUAUCAUGGUUAGCAAUCCCGCAAUUCAGUUCAUGCUAUAUGAGACUCUUCUGAAGAAAUUGAAGAAGAGACGAGCCUCUAAUUUUAAGGGAGCUGAUGGAUUGACUGCUCUUGAAAUUUUUCUUCUUGGUGCUGUUGCGAAACUUGGUGCAACCGUCGUUACGUAUCCCCUUCUAGUUGUUAAGGCAAGACUUCAGGCAAAGCACAUGAUUAACGAUGACAAGAGGCAUCGCUACAAAGGUACACUUGAUGCGUUCACAAAGAUGGUACGAUAUGAGGGUCUGUCAGGGAUGUACAAAGGAAUGGGCACAAAAAUUGUGCAAAGUGUUUUUGCUUCUGCUUUGCUUUUUAUGAUUAAGGAGGAGCUGGUGAAGGGUGCUCGACUAUUGGUAACUGGUAACACUAGUCUGGUUAAGAAACUACCAUCAAAGUCAUCAAGAUGAACUACGGGCAUCGCAAGCGUUAGUAUAUCAUCCUAAAAAGCCAUUUAUUAUCCGCAUAAACCGUAAACAAGGUCGACAAGCUAUAGAGCUCGCCUCUGCUUUGGAUAUGUCAACUGUAGGUUACACAAUAGCCAGUAUGAUUCACGUAGGGACCAAAGACUAUGUUGGAUAGAUAUUUGUAUCAUUCAUGUAGAAUGUAUCGUGGAAGAUCGAAACAGAAGAAAAUAAAUAAGUAUGAUAAUUUGAACU